AAAAAAAAAAAAAAUUAAAUAAAUAAAUAAUUCCCAGAUCCUUUUUUCAUAUAUUUCCGAUCCCAUAUUUCUUUAACCCCAAUUUCCAUCAUCAAUAUCGAUUAAUAAAUGGCAGAUUCAACUUUCAGCGGUGACGAAACUGCACCGUUUUUUGGUUUCCUUGGUGCCGCAGCUGCCCUCGUUUUUUCAUGUAUGGGGGCUGCUUAUGGAACAGCAAAGAGUGGAGUAGGAGUGGCAUCGAUGGGAGUGAUGAGACCCGAGUUAGUAAUGAAGUCGAUUGUUCCGGUUGUUAUGGCUGGUGUGCUCGGUAUUUAUGGUUUGAUCAUUGCUGUAAUUAUUAGUACCGGUAUCAACCCUAAGGCCAAAUCCUAUUAUCUUUUUGAUGGCUAUGCACAUUUGUCUUCUGGUUUGGCUUGUGGUCUUGCUGGUCUCUCUGCCGGUAUGGCUAUCGGGAUCGUUGGUGAUGCUGGUGUUAGAGCAAAUGCACAACAGCCAAAACUUUUUGUGGGAAUGAUUCUUAUUCUCAUCUUUGCUGAAGCUCUGGCCCUAUACGGUCUCAUUGUGGGAAUCAUUUUGUCUUCGCGUGCUGGUCAGUCAAGAGCUGAUUAAGGAGAUGAGAGAGACACACUAUAUAUCGGUAUGUAGUUAUUCUGAAGUAUGAAAAUCGAUUUUGAAUUUUCAUGUUCUGCCUUCAUUUAGUGUGCCAUCUUAUGAACCAUGCUCUAAAUUUUUUACUCAGUAGACAUUUCUGGCUCAUUUGCAUUCUUUUAUGGUUGCAGAAUAAGAGAUAAAAACUUGUCAGUUUUGUACUCUUUUUCGGUCAUACUUCAAGUCCUAUAGAAACUGUUGCUUGUGUAUUUAUUAAUAUUUGAACAGACGGUUCUUGGUCUUGUGCGUCGUUUUGCUCUGUAAUUGCGAGUGAACUUAAAAUAAUAUGGUUCUGAACCAUCUAAACCAAACCAGACCACAUGAAAGGCUGGGCAGAGUUGGGUUUGAUUCA